GAGCCAAAUGGCAAGAGCAAAGGCAAGGGGAGAGGAAAGCAACGAGAUGAGGAUCGAGAGAAAAGCAAAGGGGUUUCCAAAGGUGCCGAGAAGAAGGAAAGGGAACACCGUGAGCAGCCGACCAUGGACAUGCCCUUCCUUCCACGGCAAGAG